AUAUUUGUUUGCCUCUUUUCGCGCGACAGCCGACAAAUUAAUGAUAUAUACAACAUUUUAACAGUUCCUAUUUUAUGUUUAUGAGAAGUGAAUGAAUUAAAAUAUAAUGGAAUAGUAAGUCAAUUCACAGGAAGCACUUUCUGCAUUUAUCAAGAAAGUUAAAGCUGUCAAUGAACUCUCUGAUGGUAUUAUUUCGUUGAAAACAAAAAAAUCCGGAUCUUCUGUUACUUAUUACUGUGGUAGGUUUUGUAAAAGUAAUAUAUUAAGAGAUAAAUAAAGAUUAUUAGUAUUGUAACAAGAUGGAUAGAGCAACAAGAAAUAUAUUGAAGAGUUGGGUUGAAGAUGAUAAUGAAACUCUACCAGUUCGGAGAGCAACAAAGGAGAAGAUGAAGUCUGAUAGUAGAGAAAGUUCAAGUAGCAGAAAAAAAUUAAAGCCAAACGAAUCUGACAACUCUAGUAAACCCACUAAAAAGGUUAUUGAACUCGAGACUGAUCCUACGACUUUACAGAGAAGACAAAAACAGAUAGAUUAUGGAAAAAAUACUGUUGGCUAUCACAAUUAUGUAAAACAAGUUCCUAUAGACCAACGGACCAAAGACCAUCCCAAAACCCCAGACAAGUACACAAAAUACAGCAGAAGAUCUUGGGACAUGUUGAUAAAGUUGUGGAGGAAAAAGCUACACGAGUAUGAUACUGAUGUUAAACAAGAAUAUGAGUCUUAUAGUGAAGAAGAUAAUUGAUAAUUCAUCUACUUGUAUAGUAAUGUAUUUUAAUAAAAAAGUAAUUAGCUUGACAGUUUUACUAUAGUAUAACUAGUGGUAUUAUAGGCUUAAAAAAAAUGCUGACAAUAUAUAUAAAUGGUUUUAUUAAAUUGUUAAUUCAUAGGUAAUUCAA